GAUGUUGCGAUUCACGUUGACAACGAUUGUGGGAGGGAAAAAUACAAGCAUUUUGGAUGGCUGGAAAAUGCAACGCAACCCUUACGUCAGCCAAUAAGUCACAGUAACUUAAUCAAAAUAUUGGGUCAUGUGUAAGGUUAAUUCUGUAUGAUGAUUUGACAGCUAAGAAAUCAGUACAAUAGUACAUAAAAAUGCUGAAAACGACUUGUUGUUGCACCGACAACAGCUGGGGAUGAAAGAUUCUGAAGAGAGCGUUCGACAGACUCAUUGAAAUGAGACUAGGAACCGAAGUGACCAGUUUUUUCUUGACCAUAAUAAUCGGAGUGACAUCGUUCACUGGUGACAGCCUCUUGUACAAUUUAAAAAACUCAACACUUCGUGCCAUCUCUGAUAAUGUAACACACGCUUUAGUUGGCGGGCUAAGUUGGACUCUGGUUAUAACAUUAUCUAAAAAUUCAGUUACACGAAAUCUCUUGGGAAUUACACUAUGUUUUGUAAUAUCUUCCCUCAUCGACUUAGACCACUUCUUACUGGCCAAAAGCUGGAAACUACAGGAUGCAAGCCAUUUGGGUAAUCAGAGGCCGGUUCUACACUGUUCGACGAUUCCCCUUGUUGUUUUGGUCAUUUUUGAGAUAAGUUCCAGAAUAUUACAUUGCUCUUCUGGAGGGUAUUACAUUUUAGUAUUUAUAACUGGUGUUUUCAGUCACCAUAUCCGCGAUGCAACUCGAAGAGGUAUGUGGUUUUGUCCUUUUGGCUCCACUCCUCCGAUACCAUAUUAUUUAUACAUUUGCAUAGCCAUGGGACUGCCUUAUUUAAUUUAUUGGUUAAUGCCUGAUGGAAUUAUCAAAGACAAUUAUCAGUUGCUCUCAAUACAUGCGGUGUAGAAUAAAGCAUAGUUUGAAAUAAAUAGUCUGAGGUAUCAUUUG